AAGUUUCUUUUAAACCACAACAUGAACAUAAUACAAGUCUUAAAAUUGCACAACUUGAAAAUGAAAAUCAGCAAUUAAAAGAAUAUAUUAAAGCUCUUAAACAUCCUGGAACUACUUCUUUAUCAUCAAUUAUGAAAUAUCCAUUUAUGAAGACUAUUUCAAGUGAAGAAAAACCUAAAACUUGA